CACUAUAGAUUAACGGCAGCGGGGGAGGGGGGGUGAACAGAUUAUUAUCACUACUGCCUCCACUCCCCACUCAUGGUUUUCCUUCGGGCCAUUCAUUGGGCAGGCGAAUUCUCUUCAGUUCAGAAUUUUGAGUUCUCAGUCUCAUUGUCAGUCUCAGUCUACGGCUGUCCGGCUGUCAUUGAGCGUUCUUGGACGAUUCAUUGGAGACGGCAUCUAUUCAUAACGUUCCUCAAUAAUACAAGAAAAAAGUCCCUCGCGCAGCUUCUCUCACAAAGGGUCCAUUGAACUUUUUCCCGUACGGUUUAAACAUUUAUCUAUCCAAAAGAAGUAUAUAUUUGAUAAUCAAGAUGGACGAUCAAAAAAUUGAACACAUUGUGAUGACACCAAAGUCAAAAACAAGCAACUCUACUACACUGAUAAUCGAGAGACAGGCAUUGGAUUCACCAGUCAAAAAUAUUAAUGAAUCCAAUGUUCAUGUGGCGGGUGGAGAUCACAAAGGAAUAGUGAUAAACAAACAGGCAGCGGCUGUGACAAACGGAGUUCAUUGGCCCGCCCAUCUGUGUCUUCAAUUUCGAGUCUUCCUGGUCAGUGCACAGACCGGGAAGCACACUCAGGAAUCUAGGACUCUUCAAUUCUGGUUCAAAAAAAGUCUCCUUGAAAUCGAACAGCCGAGCGUUGCUCAGGAAUUCUUUAGAGAUUUGGUGACUCCUCAAGAAUUUCCAAGAGAUUACGUAGGUUUCAUAAAAAAAAUAAUGAAGCUAAUGCAGCACAAAUUUACAACGAUACAAAAGCUGGAAGUGGAGCUUAAACAAUUGGAGGAUCCAGUGAGUCUUCCAUUACGACCGUUAUCGACCGAUGAAACAAUCAUGGGCCAAAUGGUCGAACUUACGAUGGAAAAAGUAUUGGAGCUCAUCGAAUCUGCUUAUCCAAAUCCGGUUACCAUCGACGAUAUGGUCAAACAAUAUAAUUGGUCGGCGGCAGCGGUAACGUCUAUAAUAAAAGUACUGCAAGAAAAAGGAGUAGUAAAGGCAAUGGAUCACGGAGCUUUUACGAGAGUUGCUCAUCAAGAUACGCAAAUACAGGUCGUUAAACAAAUGCCAACGAUGGUCAGCUCAAAACAACCCACCAUAGCAAUAAUAACUGCUCAAUAUUGUGAAAAACUUGCGGUUGAUUCAAUGAUUGAGAACAAAGAAACUUUUGUUCGUUAUACUACCGUUGGUACCGCGAGUUCUUCCGAUGCUAUCGAUGGAAUCCCACGAGUCAUUUGUCGAUUCGGUGAAUCGAACGUUUACACGUUGGGAAAUAUUGGCGCUCAUCGUAUAGUGUGCACGAAAUUGCCAACUGUGGGACAUACGAGAGAAGCAACGACCGCAGCUGGAAACACAACGACGCGUUUAUUGGGAACGUUUCAAAAAGUUGAUUACGUAUUCUUGGUCGGUGUCGGGGGUGGCGUUCCGCAUUACACCGAUUACAACAAACACGUCAGACUCGGUGAUGUUGUGGUUUCGCAUCCGGCUGAACUGCCAAAAAAAUAUGUAUACGUUUAUUGUGAAAGCGCUAAAUUAAAUGAUACAGGAAGUUAUCAUUUCGAGACGAAAGAAUAUUGUCCGGCGAAUCUGGGACUUCAAGAAAUUGCGGCUAACCUCAAAGUACAGGCCGAAAAAGAUUUUUCAUCACCGUGGCAGGCUUAUUUGAGCGAAGGCUUGGGCAAUCUGAAAAGUCUUCAAUCUGAACAUGAUUUCGAACCACCGCCACCGGAGUCCGAUAGAUUGUAUAUGGCAAUCGGCGAGAGAGAUGUCAUUGAAGUAACUCAUCCAUCAGCUCCGGAAGACUCGACCUAUAAAAGGCUCAAUGGUUGUCCACGAAUCCACUUGGGGACCGUAGCUUCGGGUCGUCAUAUUGCGAGGGACGAUCAGCUGCGACAAAAAUUUGCUACGCGUUUCGGAGCUCUUGCGUUCGAUGCCGAAAUGGAUGCCGUCGUUGAGAGCAUACUUGGAAAUUGUCGCGACAGUUUUGCCGUUGUCCGGGGCAUUUCUGAUUACAAGGAUGGUUCGCGUGCCAAGGAAUGGCAGCCGUAUGCCUCGUUGGCAGCGGCUAGUGUCGUCAAAUCCAUCAUUUGCGCUAUGGAUCCACCGACGAACGUUUAAAAUCAAAGUUAAGGAAAAAAGUUUCAUUGGAGCUUAUAUCGUUGAAAUGUAUCAAAAAUAUUUCUCAUCAAUUUUAAAUUUCUUCAUUAUGAAAUCCGCGAAUUGUUUCGCUCCCAAUGUUCCUCUACGUUUUACCGUGAGAAGGUUCGUAGAUCAUUUUCCAUGGGAAUUUUCUAUUUGCAUAUGUUCAGAAAAAAAAAAUCAAAACAAAGAGUUGCAUUUUUACGAUAUAAUAUUCAAUACUGCAAAGCGAUGGAACAAAACGAUCAUUGUUCGACUAUAUAAUGGUCAAUGAUGGCCAAGAAUGAAAGCUGAGCUAAAAAUCUGUGAAGGUGCGAUAGUUUGAAAAUUAACACGAGUUUGAUCAAAGACACAUUCCUUCAUAGAAACGUUAUUUAAAACGUUACCGUUCAUUGAAAAGAAAAAAAAAUGCGAAACAAAUAGUCACUGGUGAAUCACGCAGAAAGUAUGUUAGUCAUAUAAUCGAUAAAAAUCGAUGAAUCGUUACAGUAAAUGAAUAUUUAAAUGUUUACGAUGAUGAAAAUCAUCAAUUACGUUUAGCAAGAAAAAGAUAUAGGAAAAGACUACUCCUGGUUAUUGAAUGUUCACAAAAACCAUGACAUUGACGUUUGCAUCGUCGAAGCGUAACGAACAAUCGUUCAACUUAUUUAUUUAUAAAUCUGUACGUUUUUUUGUUUCUCAUAAAACUGAUCAACUUUCAUAAACCAAAAUUGAAGAAAAAUUUCAGCCUCUAGCGAAAUGGUACAGGACAAUGUACAAUUAUAAACGAUACAGACUUCAAUGUCAGGGAAACAAGGACCACCAGAUAUAUUUCAAUUUCAUUCCACAAUCGUGUUCCGCAUUAAAGCUGUCGUCUAUAUAAUAUUGAUGGGCUGUUACAAUACAUCUCGUGUGCCAGAAAGGUUUUACAAAAAAACCUGAUAUACUGCCAUAUCUCUAUAGUUAGCUGUUCACUCAUAAAUUGUUGCGAAAAUAAUCUUUUUAAGGUUUUUCAAAGAUUAUUUUACUUGAAAUGGAGUGUUUUUUUUCUCUCUUUUUUCAAGGACGCGUAUUCGUUUCGCGAAAAUGCUAUCCGAGGCACAGGGUAGAGAAUAGAAACGUGAUAUAAAUUUAGACAAAGAGAGAAAGGAAUAAGUGCUGAAAGCUCGAUUAUGAACGUCGUUGAAAAAAAGGCCGCACAAUUUUAAGGGAUAGUAAAUAGAGUAUUGAAUACGAAGCAUUUUUCCCCUCGGCCAAUACGUGGCGUGCGUUUGAAUAGUCUCGAGUUUUGUUGUUGGAAAUGGCAAACGGGAAAGGAAUGCAAAAAAAAAAAAAAAUGUUAUCUUAAGAACUGAGACGCGCUAGUCAGGUUGCUAUACUGUUUUUACGACAGCCGCUGGUUGGCUAAUUAUUUAAUUUUUUAUUCGAUACUUCCUGUAAUAAUUGAAUUUAUAAGUAUGUUUCUCCAAUAUUAUUUAUUUAUUUAUUUAUUUAUUUAUUUGUUUAUUUGUUCACGAGUUCUUAAGAUCCAUACGAAACGUUUAUGAUUUCAUUUCCAAUUAACCGAGCGCCACACGUCCCGAAUUGAGUACGUUCCAAAUUGUGAAAUUCAAAUCAAAUGAUGAAAGCACUUGUUGCAUGGUUGCGAAGACAAAUUUUAACAGAGAUUAAAGUUAUAAUGAUCAUAUGAUAAACAAGAAAAACAUAAAAAAAUCCUAUCUAUUAGUGUAUUGAUACAUACAGAUCACAGAUAUAUCGUAAAAUAGAAUUAAUUGUUGAAAAAUCGCGAAUGAAUAUGCGUAUGAAUAAAUAAUAAUAAUCAUCGGACCUUCGAAGGCUGCCAGUCCGGGCCGACUAUGGUGAAACCGUAUUCAAUUGAGUUUUGCAAUUUCUUAGAGUUAAAUUUCUAUAUACAAUUCGCUCCGCGAAGAAAAAAAAAUAUAAAAAUAUAAAAAAAAAAAAAAAAAACAAAACUUUCCAUUCAUAUCGCACAAAGAUUGUUUUUUUAGAAAUUGCAAAAAACGUGCAAUUUUUUAGGUUCACACCAUUUUGACGUCUCCCAAUGGACCAAUUGACGUUAAAAUAAAGAUGGAAAAAAUGAACAUUCGAUAUGCAUUUAAAUUUGAUAAGUUUUUAUUUAUGCUUUCGAACACUGUACGCGUCAUGAGAUUUAGAUUUUUCUUUUGAUGACAAUAAUACAAAUUUGAAAAUUC